AUGACAACACAAUAUUCAUCGUUACCAUUGAGAUCCAGUGGACAAGGAGUUUCCACCACCAAAGAUUUCAUCGAUUUGUUAACGACACCUUUGGAGAAUACAACUCUUUUGAAAAAAAUGGUGACAAAACCAUUACUUUGGGUGGAUUUGGAUGAUUCUGUUCAUAAAGCAUUUGAUGUUAUUUGCUCACAAAAAGUAUUAUCAAUUCCAGUGUUCUCGAAAUCAGAGAACAGAUGGGUGUCUAUGUUGGAUGUUAAGGAUAUAUGCACUCACAUUGUCUCAUUGUUUGACCAUGACAACAAUCUUAAAGCGAGUGUGCCAGACGAUUAUACUGUCCGAUAUCUAUUAACUACAGAUACUGGUGAAUUCAUUCGUCCAUGUCCGAUCGUAAGAAGAGAUUGUCGUGUCCUCGAUAUAUUAAACCUUUUCGAUAAGAAAAUUCAUAGAAUAUGUGUAUCGACCGGUCCUAAUCCAAAAGAUAUUCAAAUCAUCUCGGAAAUGUCAAUUAUUAAAUGGAUCGAUCAAAAUCGUUCAAAACUAGGUCCACUAUUCGAAAAAACUGUAAAGAAAAGAAUUAUCUCAAUUGCCAAUUCAAAGCUUGCCAUAGACGCAUUCAGAAAGUUAUCAGAGAAUAACAUCUAUGGUAUGCCUAUCGUAAGUGAAACUGACGAUGAGUUGGUCGACAGUAUCUCCGUAAUAGAUAUCAAGGUAAUUAUUAAAGUAGAUUAUAUAAACAAAUUGAAACAACCAUUGUCAGAGUUUUACAUUCCAACCAUUGGUAAAACAAAUGUAAGUACUUUAAAGAUAAUUGGUUAUUUUGAUGAAUGA